UUUGGAUAAUACAAAACAGUGUAAAAAACUUGCCCAUUCAAUUCAUUUUUUUUAAAAGAAAAAUAUUUAACUUUUUAAAGAUACCUAUUCGUGAGUUUUGGGUAAUAGUUUUAAGAUAAGUAUUAAGACUAUUAAAUUUUAUGGAGUAUUAUUUUAGUUAAUCAAAUUGAAAGUAGAAAAUUAUUAAACUUUAGAUUCGUACCUACAUAAUUUAUUGGAAGAUAAUAAAAAUAACAAUACUCCAUUUAACGUGAUGAUAUUACAAAAAUAUAAGAGUAAACCUUUAUAUAAACAUAUUCUUAAUUAAUUUGUACGGGCUUAUACUUAAGCGAUCGGGUGCGGUUGUGCGGGUACGCACAAGACCGGCCUAUUUAAUAUGUUACAAAAAAUAAAGAAUCAUAGAAGUAUAAUUUAACACAAACAAAAAUUAACCCGUGUAUCGCACGGGCUUAAAUCUAGUCUUUUUAUAUAUUUGAGCAAGUAAAAUUCCAUUUGAUAUCGGAUUAGGUUUUUCAAAUCCGACUAGGUUUUGUAAAAUUUGUGAUAUGCGCAUCCAAAAAUCUUAAAUACGGAGUAGACGCCAAUAUAAUGCAGCACAUUCACCGUUAUUUGCAAACCUUGAAACAGAGUAAUCCCCAAGAAAACUUCAAAUUACCCGACCAAACCAAGAAAUCAACUUCCAAUACCAACGCAAAUACGCCGCCAUGUAUUCAACUUCUUCUUAUUACUCACGAUCGCCGUCGUACACACCGUCGUCUCCUCUUGAAUACACACCAGAGUCGCCGUCGUCUCCAAAUCAAUACUACGCUAUGGAGUCAAAAUCUUUUAAUUACUUACAAUCACCAUCAUACACGCCAUGGUUUCCUCCUGUGUAUGCACCGGAAUCGCCAGAAUACACGCCAUCGUCGCCACCUAAAUCACCGGAGUACACGCCAUCAUCGCCACCUAAGUCACCGGAGUACACGCCAUCGUCGCCACCUAAGUCACCGGAGUACACGCCAUCGUCACCAGAGUACGUGCCAUCCUCUCCAAAAUACUCGCCAGAAUCACCAGAGUAUGUGCCAUCCUCUCCAGUCUAUUCACCAGAGAGUCCUGAAUACUCGCCAGAAUCGCCGUCGUACAACCCACCUUCUCCAGUCUAUACACCAGCAUCCCCUGAAUAUUCGCCGGAAUCUCCAAUUUACACACCAGCGUCCCCUGUUUACUCGCCGGAGUCCCCAAUCUACACACCGGGGUCCCCUGUUUACUCGCCGGACUCUCCAAUCUACACACCAGACUCCCCUGUUUACUCACCGGAAUCUCCAGUCUACACGCCAGCGUCUCCUGUUUACUCGCCUGAAUCUCCAAUCUACACGCCUGCAUCCCCUGUUUACUCGCCGGAAUCUCCAAUCUACACACCACCAGCAUCCCCUGAAUAUUCGCCGGAAUCUCCAAUCUACACGCCAGCAAGUCCUGUUUAUUCUCCGGAAUCUCCAAUAUACACGCCAGCAUCCCAUGUUUACUCGCCGGAAUCUCCAAUCUACACACCAGGGUCCCCUGUUUAUUCACCGUACUAUUCUUCGUAUGCAACCUGAGUUGUGACUUGUGAGUUGUGAUCUGUGUAACAGUUAAUUCUGAUUAAUUGAUUAAUCUUGUAUGUUUCUCGUUUAGAGAUCGUCUUAAUUUCAUGGGUUUAUAAUUGUAAAGCAAUUUUGUUGUUUGAUUUUCUGAUUUUGUUAUCUACUGA